AUGACGGUUUCCGAGAAACAUUCACAAACCGGGCACAAUGCCACCCUCUACGAUGACACCCGCAGCAGCAGCGGCAGCGACAGCACUCCCCACGAUGUCUUCGGCGCCGAGGAGCACCACGACAUCAAGUACAAGCGCCUCUCCUGGCAGCUCGUCGCCGUCCUCAUGAUUGCCGAGAUCGUUUCCAACGGCAUGCUCUCCCUGCCCUCGGCCUUUGCCGUCGUCGGCAUGGUUCCCGGCAUCAUCAUCAUUGCCUUCCUCGGCAUCUUCGCCACCUACACCUCGUGGCUGCUCGUCCAGUUCAAGUUGCGCCAUCCCGAGGUGCACACCAUGGCCGACGCCGGCUUCAUCAUGUUCGGCCCGAUCGGCCGUGAGAUCAUGGCCUUUGGCACUUUCGCCUUUGCCAUCUUCGCCACCGGUAGCCAGCUGCUCGCCGGCCAGAUCGCCCUCGCUUCUCUAAGCGACAGCAAGCUCUGCAACGUCGUCUACACGGCCAUCUUCACCGUCGCCUCGCUCGCCGUGUCUCUGCCGCGCACCUUUCACGGUCUGGGAUACGUCUCCAUCCUGAGCGUCCUCAGCAUCUUGAUUGCUGGCUUGGUCGCAAUGGCCGCCGCUGGAAAGGAGCCCGUCAUUGGCCGCUCCGUCGAGGUCGCCGUCACCUCGGACUUUUACUCUGCCUUUGCCUCCAUCACGAACCCCGUCUUCUCCUUCGCCGGCCACUUCAUGUUCUUUGUCCUCAUCUCCGAGAUGAAGGAACCCAAGCACGCCAUGCGAUCAGCCUACUGCCUGCAGACCUUUACCACCAUCUACUACAUCAUCUUUGCCGCCGUCACCUACGGCUAUCUGGGAAGCAAGGUCUUGUCCCCGUCCUUUUCUUCGCUGUCGCCGUAUUGGGCCAAGGUUUCGUAUGGUAUCGCCCUCCCGAAUUUGCUGCUCGCAGGCGCCCUGUACGCCCACACGGCCGCGAAGGUCAUCUUUGUCCGCCUCUUCCGCAAGUCCAACCAUCUGCACAGCCAUACCGUCGUCGGAUGGAGCGCCUGGGUAAUCCUGGUCGUAUUCUGCAACGCAUUGGCUUUCCUCCUCGCCACGGGCGUGCCCAUCUUCAACUAUCUUGUUGGUCUCGCUGCCUCACUGUUUGCCGCUUGGUUCACAUAUGGCGUUGCCGGUAUGUUUUGGCUUCACGACUCCUACCACGACGGCGCUGGCUUCCUCGAAUGGCGUCGCCAAUGGGGCCAAUUCCUGCUUUGCGCAUUCACCGUUCUGACUGGUGCCUUUAUUUGCGUCGCUGGUUUGUACGUCACCAUUCGCCAGCUUGUCGACGCCUAUGCGAAUGGCCAGAUUCCCUCACCCUUCUCUUGCACUGCUUAG